ACAAGACAAUCGGAGUCUGUGAUUGUAAUUUGGAAUAGUUUAUAAUAAUUUUUUUGACAUUUUUAUGUCUUAGCUUUGGCACGUAACCGAAAAAAAGUUUUUCAGCCGAGUCUGCAACCACGAAAGAACAUUUUCAUGUCUCGUUGGAGUACCAUAUAAAUUUAGAGUAGUGGUGGAAUUAUAUAAUAUAAUGAUAUAGUAUAUUAACAAUCAGGAACAAGCUAGUAUCUAAAGUGGCUAGUAUAUUAAAAAUAAAAAAGUACAUUAAAACAUCAAGUUUCUGGCUAAUAUUGUAGUUUUUAAUAACUGGCUUCAAACAAUUCAUAGAGAAUUUAGGCCCUUAAACUAUUUUGAAUUUAUCAUUUAGUUCUAAUUUGAACGUUGCACAUACAUCAUAUCACUUAGUCGAACAAAGGUUAAGAUAUAUACCAAAAAGUUGCUAGUAAUUCAUUAGCUGCUUAUUUCUCCUACAGUGACAGCUGAUCACAUUUAUAAUUUUAAGCGAAGUUUAAUUGAUAAAUAAGUAUUGUAACUGAGCAAAUUAUGAAGCCAAUUAGUGAAAUGAGGGCUGUGAAAUUCACCGAGUCGAAUUACAUCAAGCCAUUUUCUUUGAUGUUUAAGCAAGGAGAAAAAGACAUUAAAUGGGACUUGAUGGAUUGCCACGAUGGUGUUUUUAUUAUAAUUUACAACAGAAACAGAAAUACUUUAGUAUGUGUGAAACAAUUUCGACCGGCUGUGUACUAUAAAUGUAUCCCGGCUUUUGAUAGACCUGCAGAAGGACCAAUUGAUACUGAGAAGUAUCCACCUACAAAUGGGUUAACAGUAGAAUUUUGUGCUGGUAUUGUAGACAAAAACAAAUCCUUAGAAGAAAUAGCUGUUGAUGAAGUACGAGAAGAAUGUGGCUACGAAAUCAAAGUUUCAGAUUUACAAAAAAUCAUUAGUUGCAGAUCCGGCUUAAGCAUCACUGGAACAACUCAAACAUAUUUUUACACAGAAGUGACUGAUCAUAUGAAAGUUUCUGAUGGAGGUGGCGUUGAAAAUGAAGGAGAAGACAUUGACGUCGUGGAAUACACUAUUCCGCAAAUAAGAGAUAUUGUUACACAAUCCGAUGUAUUAAACGGAUCAACUAGUCUUCUUUUUGGCCUAAUGUGGUUUUUAACAAAUAAAAUAGUCCUUAACAUGUGAUAAAAUAUUAUUUAUAUU